AACAAUCUUUUUCGGGCCGCAGUGCAGUUUCUUGUGUAAAAUAGGACAAAUUCAUACCAAAACCAUACAAAAUGAUGCGCUACGAGGGAACCGAAGAGCUCGCGGAUAAAUCCGCGUGUGCAGGUGUUCGAGCAGACCUCAAAAUGUGUCUUUUGCAGAGUGAUUGCUGCAAGAAGAAGAAAACACCAAGAGAAUGCUUGAACCGGACGGAUGGUUCCGUACCGGAUGAGUGCUUUGUGCUGAGGAAUACAUUUUUUGAAUGCAAACGAUCAAUACUCGAUAAUCGACAACGGUUUCGCGGCAGGAAAGGCUACUAAUCCGAACAAGAAUUGUUUCGGCAGAGCAAAGGAAAUCAUGUGUACGUUUAUUCAUUCAAAACACUUAGCAGCAAGAAAUAGUGUAUAAAAUAUAGCUUAAAGA